CUAUCCCUUUCUCUCUCCCUCUCAAUAUCUUUUGCCAUAAGCCAAUAUGAACAACAAGUGUUUGAUGAAUUAAAUAGGCACACACUUCCUUUCCUUUCCUUUCCUUUUUGUGUUUUUAUAACAAGAUCUCUCUCAUUCUCAUACAAAAGAAAAUAUACAAAAGAAAAGAAUAUGUGCCAUGCUCUCUCUUGAUACAACCUAGCCCAUUCAUUUCAAAUCAAUGGAGGAGACCAAAAGAAGAGACCAACUGACACACCCCACCACCAACUCAUCUUCCACCACCACAGCCACCAUGGCAUUCUCCGACGAGAUUCCGAUUCCGAGCAUGAGCACAACCACCACCUCUAGCUUCCUCUUCCAACCUUCCCCUGUCUCCACCAUAUUUGACCACCCGAUGCCAUCGUCCUGUCACCAAAAGGACUCAUCAUCCUUCAUGGAUUUGCUGGCUUUCAACGACGAUUACAACAACUCCGUUUUAGAUUGGCUUCCGAUCACCGGCGACCCGGUCAACCUCAACCACCCUCUUCCAUCGCCGUCAUCGGAGGUGCUGAACACUCCGGCGUCACCCAAUAAUUCGUGUUCGAUCUCUUCAUCGUCGAAUGAAGGCAGCGCGAAGGUGCAGCAGAGUACUGAACCAAAAACAGAGCUGGAAGAAGAAGAUAACAAUGGAAAUGGAGAUGGAGGCAGAGGAGAUGACCCUGCAGAACAAGACAAAACUAAGAAACAGCUGAAAACAAAGAAGAAGAAGAAUGUGAAGAAGGAAAGAGAAGCACGAUUUGCUUUCAUGACAAAGAGCGAGGUGGAUCAGCUGGAUGAUGGAUACAGGUGGCGCAAGUACGGCCAAAAAGCUGUCAAAAACAGCCCUUAUCCCAGGAGCUACUACCGCUGCACGGCGGCUAGUUGCGGCGUGAAGAAGCGUGUGGAACGUUCCUCCCAUGACCCUUCAGUGGUUGUGACCACCUACGAGGGACAACACAUCCACCCGUGCCCCACCACGACACGCUCCACCCUAGCCUCCUUCAUGCAUAAUAAUGAACCUUCUUUUGGCUUCGCCAAUGUCAGUGCUUCACAGUAUUCAUCACAACACUCCUUUGCGCUCCCUCAUGCAUCAUCAACAUCUGCAACCAUGUUAUAUAACUCAUCCACAACUCCUUUGAGCACGACCUCGUCGUUUGGUGGGUUUGUUCAUCAAGACCAUGCUGGGAAUCAUUAUCAUCAGCAGGAGGCUAUGUUAAGGGACAAUGGGCUGCUUCAGGACAUUAUUUUGCCAUCAAAUAUUAUGAGCAAUAUUCAGGACAACAAGGAUUCUUUCAUUUAGGUUGGGCCAAUUAAUUGAUAUGAUUUUGAUUUUAUGUGGUGCUCUAUUGCUCACUAAUUCAGAUUAUUAUGAGGCUACUCCACUUUUUGGAGUUUACAAUAUUGAACUUUUUGAAGGUUUUUGAGUUUAAAAUGACUGUUACCCUUGUUAAUUACUAGCUUAUAUGUGGAGGUGCCUCAGAUUCCUAAUUAUUUUGUUAGUUUGAAUAUUACUAUUUUGUCAGUUUGACUAUUCUUUGUAAUUACUAGAGAUUUAUUCGAUGAUCAGUUUUUUUCCCA